GCAGUUUGGAUAAAACGCCACAACAAUUAGGAACACACGGGUGUGCAGGCGAAAACUCGGAUAUAGGCACAAGUGACUGAUAAAGCUGAAAAGCUGUGUACUCGCGCAAACAAAUUUGUGGGCCAUAGCGGCGAGCGUGUUAUGAGAGCAUUUUAUGUUAUUUUUUUUUUUUUUUUUGUGAUUUGAUCAAACGCUUGCGAGUAUCUAAACGAGGAAAUGUGGAUAAUUUCAAAAGCGAAUAUUCGUGUAGACUAGUGCGAGCAGAACUUGAAUAUUUCGAGAAACCUUUGAGAAGAAUCAACAAAUCUGUCAUCAAAGAAUUUGACAGCUACAUUACCGCAGAUAAGACAGAAGGCCCCAAGUAAAUAAAUCCUUCAACAGCGAUUGAAGCGCAACGCAACCGCAAACCAAAAAGUAAUCAAAAGACCGACAACAGUGCCACAUAUACAUUUAGAGAUUUCCGCUCGAAAGGUGAUUGUCGCAACAGAUCACGCUGGGGAUCAACGCAGCCACGCAAAGUGAUCAAACAUCAAACGUCGAUCGUCGAAUGAUAAACGGGAAAAACACAUGUCGCACUCGAUCGCCAGAAGUGCGUGCAAAUGCAUAGAAAACAACAACAACUGUGACAACUGGUAAAAUAACUAGGAACAGCAACGGCACCGCGAUAAACGCUAAAGCAACAGCAAUAAAUUAAAAGCAGAAAUAGAGAGUCUCAAAUUAAAAGAAACUAAAGUGGAUUUCCGGUGAAUCAAGAAGCCGAAACAGGCACAACAACAACGCACAGCGCUCUCAGCAUCCGCAUGACAAAACCAUAUACACCGCACAUGUGUCAACGUGCACCCCUUGCGAGGUAUUUACAAAAAUAAACAGGCGGGUGCAACUAAAAAUGGAUGCAACACGCGACAUAGCGACGAACGCACCAACUGCCACAACAACCACAGCAAACACUGCAAACACAAGCACAUUUCAAGCAAAUUGUAUAGCAACAGUCAGACAAAGCCACUCGAGACGCUGCUGGAGCAAAAAUAUGGCCGCCACAGUCAUAGACGUCGCCGAAACGGCAGCGAGUCAUAAACCACAGCAUAGUCGCAUAAAUUACAAAAAUAGAUAUCCACGCCAGAGUGGAGUUGCCACGGCAACAUGUGGACGCAAUGCCACAAUCAGUAGCCACCUAGACACUGUCGGACCUACAUCGACUCCGACAAUGGGCCUUAUUUCGGAAGUACUCAAAAUUAUCUGCCUCAGCAUUUUGUUGUUUUGUGUGCUCACAACACCGUUGACGGUGUCGGCCAGAAAGCCCACUUCGCAAGAGCUCAACGAUUAUGACGAUGCGGUAUUCGAGGUACAAAAGCGUAGCGAGCAAGAGUUCGGCACCGAGAUGGCAGUGGAAAAUGGCGACAUCGACAACGUGGACGGUGAUGAUUCAAACGGCACGCCUAGGAAUAACACCAACGCCACAAACACGGAUGGCAGCGAAACGAAAUCGCCUACUGAUUUCGAGCCACGUUUCAAGAAUUCAAAAUAUCUGCCGAAUAUACUCUCCAAACCUUCCGGCAGUUAUAUACAACUAUCGUGUCCGGCAACCGGCCGACCGGAGCCGACCAUAACAUGGACGCUCAAUGAUACAAAGAUCUCACGGCAUAUGGGACGUGUGCGCAAGGUCAAAUGGGGUAUACAUAUGGCAGAUGUGGUACCCGAAGACUCAGGCAUAUACAAGUGUCGCGUAUGUAACUAUCUCGGUUGCAUUGAGCAUGCAACGAAAUUGAUCAUUAGUGAUCGUGUCAAUCACAAACCGAUUAUAUUGAAAGCGCCUAUGAAUCUAACAUUGGCGUUAAACGCAAGCGGCAACAUGGAAUGUGUCUACUUAUCCGAUUUACAUAGCAAAAAAACCUGGACAUUCACGCCUUGCAACAAAACCGCCUGCUCGGCGAAUACUACAUUUCUGAAGAAUGUGGAAGACGUAGAUAUUUUGAAUUUCACCAAUGUGACGCCAGAAAACGAAGGCUGGUACACCUGUGUCGAAAUGAACGGACUCGGUCAGUCGCAUAGCAGCGCUUACCUGCGCAUUCAAGAUCCCAGUGUACGCGCCAUAGCGAAAUCUAUGCACGGGUAUGAGAUAUGGGGUAUUGUGGCCGUCAUGGUGCUGCUCGCUUUGGUUUGCAUCAUCUUCUUCGUGUAUGUGCUGCGUAAAGUUAAGCACGAAAAGCUGCUCAAACAACGCAUAGAAACGGUGCAUCAGUGGACAAAGAAGGUAAUCAUAUAUAAGCCGCCGAGUGGCGACUCCAGCGGCUCGAUGGACACUAUGAUAAUGCCGGUGGUGAAAAUUGAGAAGCAGCGUACCACUGUGCUGCAGAGUUCCAACUCGGAACCGGCACCUUUCAACGAAUACGAGUUUCCAUUGGAUUCCAAUUGGGAAAUACCACGCUCACAACUGAUACUGGGCGCAACACUUGGUGAGGGCGCUUUCGGACGUGUCGUCAUGGCCGAGGUUAAUAACUCAAUUGUUGCCGUGAAGAUGGUGAAGGAAGGCCAUACCGAUGAUGACAUCGCCAGUUUAGUGCGUGAAAUGGAGGUUAUGAAGAUCAUCGGCAAACACAUCAACAUAAUUAACCUGCUUGGUUGUUGCAGUCAAUCGGGACCGCUCUAUGUGAUUGUGGAGUUCGCGCCGCAUGGCAAUCUCAAGGACUUUCUCAACAAAAAUCGACCGCUUGCUGCUGGUACACUCAAAGAUUAUGGCGAUCAGCAGCAUCAGCUACCGCUACCAAAGCACCACCUCACCGAGAAGCACCUCAUUUCUUUUGCUUUUCAAAUUGCGCGCGGCAUGGAGUACUUGGCAUCACGUCGCUGCAUACAUCGCGAUCUGGCGGCACGCAAUGUGCUCGUAAGCGAUGAUUACGUCAUGAAGAUAGCGGAUUUCGGCUUAGCGCGCGACAUACAGGACACGGACUACUAUCGUAAGAACACCAACGGUCGCUUGCCCAUCAAAUGGAUGGCGCCCGAAUCGUUGCGGGACAAAUUCUACGAUUCACAGAGUGACGUCUGGUCAUAUGGCAUAUUACUGUGGGAAAUAAUGACCUUCGGCGCACAGCCAUAUCCCACCAUCAUGUCAGCGGAGGAACUCUACAGCUAUCUGAUGUCCGGCCAACGUAUGGACAAACCACCAAAAUGCUCGCUGAAUAUUUACAUGCUGAUGCGACAGUGUUGGCACUUCGAUGCCAGCGCACGUCCAACCUUUGCUGAGAUUGUCGAGAACCUCGAUAAGCUGCUGYUGGCCAAUGAAGAUUAUCUSGACGUGGCGGUGGCGAAUCUGGAAACGCCGCCCUCAUCAAGUGACGACGAAUCGGACGUUGAGUCCCUACGCUAUCACUAUAAAUAAGUUAAUAAGCCGUUAGUCUCGCAUAUAUAUGCAUAAUYUAUAGGUUGUAUAUASAAAAUUAAAUUUAAAUGUUAGCUUUGCGCUUAACACAUAUCGCACACCACAAUACUCAUAAAACUUAGCUUAAGUCUACGAAAGUAUUUCAAUACUCGUUCGGUUGCGAGCUCAAAUUAGUWUAUUUAAUUACUUCUAAGUUUAGUUACAAGAACUUUAGCAUUAAAUUUAUUAAUUAAUAUAGAUUGUAAUGAAAACAUAAUAUUUAUAUAACACUUCUAAACGCUUUCAAGGCAAAGUUGUAGAACCAAAGGCAAAAUACCAAAAAUUAGUUAAGUCAUAGGCUACGACCCGUUGUGCAAUACUCCUGUAACUCGGCAAAUCGGCAGCUCCGCAUAGUUGUAUUAAUAUUUAUUUUAUGUUUGUAGAUAUUGUUACGUUAGGGUGGUCAUCAUUUGUAUGAAUUUGACCAAAAACUGCAAAAAUAUAUAAUAAGUAUGAGUUUUUAAAUCGCUUAAAACGUUUUCGACUUACCGACUAAAGAAUAAUUGUAUUUAUAUAAAAUAAUGCGGUCUUGUUAAAUAUGGUAACGUUGAUUUAUUCGGUCCAAAUAAGAUAAUAUAUGUGGUUCUUAAUAUAAAUUAUAUGAUAGGCCUUAGAAUAGUUUACGGAUACAACCAUAGAAUUUCUCGCACCAAGUUAGAACGAAACAAAAAC